ACCUUCAUUCAACCUUUUGACGUCUCUCGCGUGGACUCAAAACUCUACUCGCAAUCCAACUCGUCGUUCAAACUGAGUGUGUACGCCUUCCAGUGAAGAUCGUUAGAAGCUCGUGUGUUUUUCCUGGUGAAUUUUAAAUUUCCAAAACUCAAACAAAUCAACAUGACUACCUACUUCAACUACCCACCAAAGGAUGUCCAGGAGGAGCUGGCCCGCAUCGCCAAGGCUAUCGUUGCCCCCGGCAAGGGUAUUCUUGCUGCUGAUGAGUCGACUGCCACCUGUGGCAAGCGUUUCGCUGACAUCGGUGUAGAGAACAACGAGGACAACCGCCGCCAGUACCGUCAGCUGCUGUUCACCGCCGAUAACAAAAUCUCGGAGAACAUCUCCGGUGUCAUCCUGUUCCACGAGACUCUGUACCAGAAGGCCGACGACGGAACCCCGCUGGUCGAGCUGCUGAAGAAGAAGGGAAUCCUGGCUGGCAUCAAAGUCGACAAGGGUGUCGUCGAUCUGAUGGGCUCGGAAGGCGAAUGCACCACUCAGGGUCUGGACGAUCUGGGUGCUCGUUGUGCUCAGUACAAGAAGGACGGUUGUGAUUUCGCCAAAUGGCGUUGCGUUCUGAAGAUCGGCAAGAACACCCCAAGCUAUCAAUCAAUCCUGGAGAACGCAAACGUGCUGGCCCGUUACGCCUCAAUUUGCCAGUCGCAGCGAAUUGUCCCGAUCGUCGAACCUGAGAUCCUUCCCGAUGGAGACCAUGAUCUGCUGCGUUGCCAGAAGGUUACCGAAACCGUACUGGCUGCAGUUUACAAGGCACUGAACGAUCAUCAUGUCUUCCUGGAGGGUACUCUGCUGAAGCCCAACAUGGUUACCGCUGGCCAGAGCUGCCCGAACAAACCAUCGGCUCAAGAUAUCGCAUUGGCCACCGUGUUGGCUCUGCGUCGCACUGUUCCGGCUGCCGUUCCCGGAGUUACUUUCCUGUCGGGUGGACAGUCUGAGGAGGAGGCCUCCGUCAAUUUGAACGCCAUUAACCAGGUACCGCUGCUGAGACCGUGGGCUCUAACCUUCUCGUACGGACGUGCCCUGCAGGCUUCGGUUCUGCGAGCCUGGGGUGGUAAGAAGGAGAACCUCAAGGCUGCCCAGGAUGAGCUCAUCAAGCGCGCCAAGGCCAACGGACUGGCGUGCCAGGCAAAAUACGAGGCCGGCUCAAUUCCUUCCUAUGCCGCGAAUGCCAGCUUGUUUGUGAAAGCGCAUGCCUACUGAAAGGCGACAAGUAGAGACUGCUAAUGAGAUUACAGCCGAAAGCAAAAAAAAGGUUUACACUAUACACAUCACAUUGGCACCAGCACCAGCGACAAACAAUAAUCUGCAGCAAAACAAUAAACAGACAAGUUAUUAAUAGCCUUUACCCUAUUGCUAAGAGUUACUAACACGCACAGACUCACAAGAGCACACAAUCGCUUUCAAAUUGACUAUUGAUUGAAGUAGGAAAAAGCACAGAUGAGACUAACAAAUUUGCACAGACUUUUGGUACAGGCUAGACGGCAGGGUUCUAAAACGCAAGGAUCUUCCAAUUGUUUUUUGUAUGAUUUCGAUGUUUUCCAAUUAUUUUUAUUGUGUGCCUAACUUUAGGAAGGUUGAAGCAACUACCAAUAAUCAAAUUACCCACUAUCAAUCGAUUCGGAAACUCACUGCUUCAGUCUUCUGCACUUUUUGUUAUAGUUUUUCUUUUUCCGUUAUGUGUUGUAGUGCUAUUUUAGGUUAUUUAAGUGUUGACGCAUCAAUAGCUAACAAUAGUUUCGGCUGUACGAAAUUGAAUUUUUAACCAGCUUAUGAUUUUGUACAAAAAUAUAUACGUUUCAAGGCGAA